UGCCAGCUGAGUUUGCAAGCCGCGCUGUUUGUUUUGCUUUUCGUUCACGAAUAUCUGUGCAAGGCCUUGCAGUUAGAAUUCAAGAUGAGAGCCGUUUCAUUUCUAGAUAAAGUAGAGUAUGAAUUUAUCGGCAACUUUAUGCAGCACGCAAUCUGCCUGGGAGAUGUCGACAAUGACAAGAACAUUGAGCUGGUGGCCGGCAACCUUCAGGGGGACCUCGCUGUCUUCAAGUUCCAGCAACCCAGACCAUGGGCUAUGGCAUCAAACUUGGGGGCGGUGGCAACUGUGAUUGUUGGCGACAUCCUGAAUGAUUCUCAGAACAAGUUUCUCAGCAUCAGCUGUGAUGGCUGGUGCCACAUGUUCAGUCUGCCGGCAGAUGCAAGCGAUGAAGACAGGAAGCAGCUGCAGCCUUUCCACACUCAGCGGUUACCUGCAAACACAAAGAUGGCCCUGCUGGCUGAUAUCAACAAGGAUGGGAAGAUGGAGCUGAUCCUUGGCCUGACCGAUCGUGUUGUUCGGACGUACCAGUGGAGUUCACUAAGCGAGAGUGGAACUGAAGGCCAGGGCAAGCUGGUGGGCCUGCACAAGUGGGAGUUUGCAAAUCAGGUGGGCAACAUCUCACUCAACAACACACCUGAAGGGGGCUUGGCCAUUCUGGUGGCACAGCCUGGUGGCACCUACAUCAAGCUUGACUUUGGCACGUCUAAGGUUGGCAGCAGCCCCACCGACAGUACUGCCAGGCCUUUCGAAAUGGCAGUUUCGCCAUUCAAGGGUUUCGGGGGCCACUAUGUGCCCUGGCAUGAGGAUUGA